AUGUCUAUACUCGGAAACCCCAGCCGCCUCAACAAUAACGACAAGUACUACUCCACGACCAUGGGCCUGGACAUCUGGUUCAACAUCAUGGUGCCCUUGGCGACUAUCUUGAAGGCCCUCUCCCUCUUGUCCCUCUCCUGCUGCUCGUUCCGGACGACUGCCUUACGGGUCCUGUACGAGUACGUGCCGUCGAAGGUCCACACGCUCUCCACCGUCUCGUUGUACUUUACCCAACGCCCAGAACAUCGAGACAGAUAUGAAGACAUACUGAACAUGAACAUCUUCAUGAUGCUGGAGCAGAUGGCGCACGUCAUUAGAGUCGGUGGCGUGGGGAUGAGCACGACGGACUGA